AUGCCCCGGCGCUUCCUGUCCGCACUGUGCGCACUCGACGUUCACCCGGACAGCCCUCCCUCCCUCAGCCUGAGGAGCACACUCACACGCAAACACACGGACUCCCUCGCAGGGUCUAAGAGGUGUCACCACAUCGGGGUCCUCAAGGCAAAAAUGGGCCACAGCCUCAGAGAUGCCAGAGAUGUGGGCCUCUCCCCUUCCUCUCCAGCCUUUGUCAGAGGCCCCAAAGUCACCGUGCAGCCAGUCCAGUUGGCCUCGUCUGGGGAACUGAAAGGCAUGCCUUCCCAUGCCCUGACCACCAUCGGCAGAAGCCACAAGGACCUUCAGAGACAGCCAGGGGAGCAUGAGAAGAAGAGGAGGGGCCGUCCAGGGCUAGAGCUGUCCGUCAAGAUCCAGGCUGGGCUCUCCCAGGUGGAGGGCCAGAUAGGCAAGAGAUCCCGGGACCCCUGCAACGAGGUAGACCCAGUGCCAGAAAGAGACCUGGGACUUCUGCCCCCCGUCAUGGCGUUUGGGCUCCUCCUGAGCCGGCUGUGGGCGGGAGCCUGCCUGGGGCCCUUCCACCAACAAGCGGGAGAGCCAGGCUAUGCCCUCGUGCUGUGCUGCCUCCUGGGGCUCACCCCACUGAUGCGGAGGCACCGGGGCCAGAGACUAGAAGCUAGGAGAGCCCUUGGGCCGGCUGCGCACGUGCGGCCUGACUGGGGCUCACCUCCGCUGCCCCGCCCCUUGCCUCCUUUCUGGAGCCCGGCCCUGGAGCCCCCCAGGGAUGGCGGCGGCGUCACGGAGGAGAAGGAGUCUGACGGGGCGGCCUCCAAGGACGACAGCGGCCCCAGUACCAAGCAGGCUUCGGGAGAGGCCUCCUCACUCCGGGACUACGCGGCUUCCACUAUGACCGAGUUCCUCGGCAUGUUUGGCUACGAUGACCAGAACACGAGGGACGAGCUGGCCAGGAAGAUCAGCUUCGAGAAGCUGCACGCAGGCUCCACCCCCGAGGUGGCCACCUCCUCCAUGCUGCCCGCCUCCGAGGAUGCCCUCAGCAAGCGGGCGCGCUUCUCCAAAUACGAGGAGUACAUCCGCAAGCUCAAGGCCGGCGAGCAGCUCUCCUGGCCGGCCCACAGCACCAAGGCCGAGGAGCGGGCGGGCAAGGACGUGGUGGGGCCCCUGCCCGGCCUGCGGCUGCCCAGCAGCACGGCGCACCUGGAGACCAAGGCCACCAUCCUGCCCCUGCCCUCACACAGCAGCGUUCCCAUGCAGGGCCUGGUGGCCCGCACCUCCAAGUACGACUUCUUCAUCCAGAAACUGAAGACGGGCGAGAACCUGCGGCCCCAGAAUGGGAGCACCUACAAGAAGCCAUCCAAGUACGACCUGGAGAACGUCAAGUACCUGCACCUCUUCAAACCCGGGGAGGGCAGCCCCGACAUGGGCGGGGCCAUUGCCUUCAAGACGGGCAAGGUGGGGCGCCCCUCCAAGUACGACGUCCGGGCCAUCCAGAAGCCGGGCCCCGCCAAGGUUCCGCCCACCCCCAGCCUGGCUCCUGCACCCCUCCCCAGCGUGCCCAGUGCUCCCAGCGCCCCUGGGCCAGGGCCCGAGCCAUCUGCCUCCCUGCCCUUCAACACUCCCGAGUACCUGAAGUCGACCUUCUCCAAAACAGACUCCAUCACCACGGGGACCGUCUCCACUGUCAAGAACGGAUUGCCCACAGAUAAACCAGCUGUCACCGAAGAUGUAAACAUUUACCAGAAAUAUAUUGCCAGGUUCUCCGGCAGUCAGCACUGUGGCCAUAUCCACUGCGCCUACCAGUACCGUGAGCACUACCACUGCCUUGACCCGGAGUGCAACUACCAGGUGGGCUGUAACAAGGUGUAUACGAGCACGUCAGAUGUGAUGACCCACGAGAACUUCCACAAGAAGAACACCCAGCUCAUCAACGAUGGCUUCCAGCGCUUCCGAGCCACCGAGGACUGCGGCACGGCCGACUGCCAGUUCUACGGGCAGAAGACCACGCAUUUCCACUGCAGGCGCCCCGGCUGCACGUUCACCUUCAAGAACAAGUGUGACAUCGAGAAGCACAAGAGCUAUCACAUCAAGGAUGACGCGUAUGCCAAGGACGGCUUCAAGAAGUUCUACAAGUACGAGGAGUGCAGGUACGAGGGCUGCGUGUACAGCAAGGCCACCAACCACUUCCACUGCAUCCGCGCCGGCUGCGGCUUCACCUUCACGUCCACCAGCCAGAUGACCUCGCACAAGCGCAAGCACGAACGCAGGCACGUCCGCUCCUCGGGCGCGCUGGGGCUGCCGUCCUCGCUGCUGGGCGCCAAGGACACGGAGCACGAGGAGUCGAGCAACGACGACCUGGUCGACUUCUCGGCCUUGAGCAGCAAGAACUCCAGCCUGAGCGCCUCCCCAACCAGCCAGCAGUCCUCCGCCUCCCUGGCCGCCGCCGCCGCCGCCGCCGCCGAGGCCACGCCCGGUGCCGCCAAGCCGCCCAACAGCAAGAUCUCCGGGCUGCUGUCCCAGGGCCUGCCCGCUUCCAUCCCGCUGGCGCUGGCCCUCUCCAACUCAGGCCUGCCCACCGCCGCCCCCUACUUCCCUAUCCUUCCGAGCCGGGGCAGCGCCUCCUUGCCCGUGGGUGCCCCCGGCCUCCUGGGUGCCAUGUCGUCCGGGGCAGUGGCCUCGGCGGCAGCCGACACACCCGCCCUGGCCGCCUCGGGAGCCGGUGACUCUGCCCCGGCCGCCGCCACCUCUGUCCCGGUGCCCCCCGCCUCCAUCAUGGAGAGGAUCUCGGCGAGCAAGGGCCUCAUCUCACCCAUGAUGGCCAGGCUGGCCGCGGCUGCCCUCAAGCCCUCUGCCACCUUUGACCCAGGAAACGGGCAGCAGGCCACCCCCGCCAGGUUCCCCCCGGCCCCGGUGAAGCAGGAGCCCGGUGAGAGCGCUGGCGCCCCGGUUCCCCACGAGGUCUCCCAGGACCGCAGUUUAGACCUGACUGUGAAGGAGCCCAGGCAGCCCAGAGCCGCUGCUGCUCCCACGGCGGCCAGCCAGUCCCAAGCACCGGCCCUGUUCUCUUCGCAGAUGUCUCAGGGCAACCCCAACCUUGGCAGCCUGUUGAACAUCAAGACAGAAGCGGAGGGCAGCCCCGCCGUGGAGUCCUCGCCCUUCCUGGGCAAGGCCGUGAAGGCGUUGGUUCAGGAGAAGCUGUCCGAGCCCUGGAAGGUGUACCUUCGAAGGUUUGGCACCAAGGACUUCUGUGACGCCCAGUGUGACUUCCUUCACAAGGCACACUUCCACUGCGUGGUGGAGGAGUGCGGCGCGCUUUUCAGCACCCUGGACGGGGCCAUCAAGCAUGCCAACUUCCACUUCCGGACGGAGGGAGGAGCAGUGAAGGGAAACGCAGAGGCUCCCUUCCCCACCUCGGCUGCGGAGACCAAACCUGCCUUGGCCCCCUCGUCCCCUCCAGCGCCUCCUGUCACCACAGCCUCUCUGGAGGGUCCCACUCCCAGCCCGGCUGCCGUGCCCUCCACCCCCACGCUGCUCGCCUGGAAGCAGCUGGCUUCCACCAUACCCCAGAUGCCUCAGAUUCCAGCGUCAGUGCCUCACCUGCCCACUUCGCCCUUGGCAACGACUUCUCUAGAAAACGCCAAGCCCCAGGUCAAACCCGGAUUCCUCCAGUUCCAGGAGAACGAUCCUUGCCUCGCCACGGACUGCAAGUACGCCAACAAGUUCCACUUCCACUGUCUCUUCGGGAACUGCAAGUACGUCUGCAAAACCUCCGGCAAGGCUGAGUCCCACUGCCUGGACCACAUCAACCCCAACAACAACCUGGUGAACGUGCGAGACCAGUUUGCGUACUACUCACUUCAGUGUCUCUGUCCCAACCAGCACUGCGAGUUCCGGAUGCGUGGACACUACCACUGCCUCCGGACCGGCUGCUACUUUGUGACCAACAUCACCACCAAGUUGCCGUGGCACAUAAAGAAGCACGAGAAAGCCGAGCGGCGGGCAGCCAACGGAUUCAAGUACUUUACCAAGCGCGAGGAGUGUGGCAGGCUAGAACGGCCCCUGGUUUGUUUGCUCAUUCAGCAGAUACCUAUCGAGGAAGAGCGGUGUGCAGGGCUCCGUGCCGUUAUGGGAGGUGGUGGGGGUGGUGGCAGCUCAGGGUUUUGA